GAUGGAAUGGUCUCUCCGUGUUUUUGAAUCUCGUUUUUGUCACAUAUCUUAUCAAAUUCGGGUAUUUAUCUAUUCGUAUCUGAUCGCCAAUGAACAAAACCCAGUUGUCUACAGUUAGUGGUUCAUACAGCAAAAUUCGGUGAUCUCAAACUGUGCCCGAUUCAAGAUAAUGGCGCAAAAUCAAAACAAAAGUUUCCUCUUCUUCGUCUUUGCUCGGCUACGCCCGAAACACGCAUACGCUUGGAUUUUGGCCUGCGCAGCCUUCACGCUCAGCGGCGCUUCGCGAUUUAAAUUGGUUGUGAGAGUUUUCCGAAAAGGAGAGAAUAGCCGAAGUACAGUCUCUGAAAGCGUGAUAUUAACGCGAGCACAAAUGAUGUCAUUCAUUUAACAUAUGGAUUUGAUCACUCUCGCAUUUUGAAGUUAAUUUCGUUUCGGCAAAUUUGUGUGUGAAACAAAUUUAACGGCUCACUACGAAAGCCGUACAUACAAAGUCUGUUCAAAAUGUACUGCGUAUUUUUGAAUUUCCGUGGGUUACGUAUAUUCGAUUUGCAAUAUUCUUUUUGUGGCGUUAUGUUGGUACUGAUUUCAUACACUUAUGCAGACAAGAUCAUUUAUUGAGAAGUAAAUAAGAAAAUAUCAACGCCCAGUGAGAUUUGCAUAUUCUGCUAACAUGAAAUAAUAUGUGAGUUCUUUUCUGGUGUCAAGCAACUCAUACGCAUAUCAUAUGGACACAAAUCGAAACUCGAAACACAAUGGCUCAGUUCGCUUCGCUUAUUUAAUUGGAUGAACCUCUGAAAAGCCAAAUAAAAAACAAUAAAAAAAUGAGCAGCAACGCGUGUCGCAUUCUUUUUUGCCAAAGCGGCUACACGAUAAGAUUUUCACCGAAAGUCUCCCCGAAAUUGAAUCUGAUGAUUAGUUGCUCCAGAGGAGCUCAGAUGUUUGGUGCGUCAAUUAUUCACAUUGUGCACAAGGAUGGAGCUUGCUGGUUUGAUCAUAAGCGUAUUUCUGGGUCUAGCGCUUCUCAUCUAUAGCUACUUGCGUCGCCAGCAGCAGUUUUGGCGGAGAAAUGGCAUUCCAGUGGCCCCAGAACCCCAUCCACUGUUCGGGAAUGUCAGCGGGAUUGGGCGUACCGCCCAUACCUACAGCCUGCUGCAAGGAUUAUACCGGGACUUCAAAAGGCGUGGUUUGCCGAUUGGAGGAUUCAUGAACUUCUUCCAGCCAGCGAUACUGGUCGUUGAUCCCGAGGUGUCCAAGAAUGUCUUAGUAAGGGACUUCAACGUGUUCCAUGACAGGGGUAUCUUUGUCGAUACGAUAGGAGACCCGGUCAGUGCUGGAUUGUUCAGUCUGGAGGGAGUUCAGUGGAAGGUUAUGCGGCAGAAGCUCAGUCCGACGUUUACAUCGGGUAAGAUGAAGUACAUGUUUAGUACGGUGUUGAGUAUUGCACAGGAGCUGAAGGCGUUUAUGGUGGAAAACUGUCAUCGAGAAGAUCUGGAAGUGAAGAAUAUCUUGCAACGCUUCACGAUGGACGUGAUCGGGAAUGUGGCGUUUGGAAUUGAGUGUAACACGAUUCGGAAUCCCAAUACGGAAUUCAGCAGGAUGGGCAAUAAAUCGUUCGAAUUUGACACAGUGCGGUUAUUUAAACUCUUCGUUGGGGGUAAGUACAGGACGCUGGCAAAGAUGAUCGGAAUGAAAGUUGUACCGAAAGAUGUUUCGAGCUUCUUCAUGGAGCUAGCAAAGAGCACGGUUUACUCGAGAGAAAUUAACGGGACGAAACGAAAUGAUUUCAUGAGUUUGCUGUUGGAGAUUAGAAGUGAGGGAAAGUUCCUUACUGAGCCAAAUUCUGGCGGCGAGGGACUCACGAUGGGUGAAAUAGCAGCGCAGUGUUUAUUGUUCUUCAACGCGGGCUUCGAAACAUCUUCAUCGACGAUGAAUUUCUGUUUAUACGAGCUGGCCAUGAAUCCGGAUCUGCAGGAAAAAUUACGAAUUGAGAUCGAAGAAUCGAUUGCCAAAGAUAACGGAGAAAUCAUCUACGACACUGUAAUAGGAAUGGAUCUUUUAGAGCGGGUCGUGAAUGAAACCCUCCGCAAAUAUCCUCCCGUUGACAAUCUCUUCCGCGUAUCCAACGCACAGUACACCUUCCCGAACACAGCAUACACCAUACCGGCGGGGACAUUCCUCCAAAUACCAGUGUAUGCAAUGCAUCACGAUCCACAAUACUUCCCAGAGCCCGAGCAGUUCAAACCCGACAGAUUCCUACCGGAGGCUGUGAAAUCUCGUCACCCGUACGUGUAUUUACCUUUUGGUGAGGGCCCCCGAAAUUGUAUCGGGUUACGAUUCGGGCUAAUGCAGACCAAAAUAGGUCUGAUCACAUUGCUGCGGAGCUUCCGCUUUUCGCCGAAUAAAAAAACUCUGCCGAAGUUGGAGUUCGAUCCGGCGCUGUUUGUGUUGUCACCGAAAACCGGAAUGUAUCUCAAUAUAGAGCCGUUGUAAUGUUUUAAUCAAAAGAUGUGAAACAAUAAAAAAAUUGAGUUCUGCUUUAUGUUUUCAACUUAUGGUGAACACGUUUUCUACAAUUGCUGGAAUGGUAUUAACAGCGUUAUCUUUAGUGAAAUUAAUCAAUAUCUCAUCCGAAGCUUUAUCUUUAAAUAUCAGUUUGAUUGUGCUUCGUCAUUCACGAGAAAAACAUUAUUCUUUACUGAUAGAUAAUCCUCUUAUCAACGAAAUAACUGCAGUGGAUCUACAUUUAUCGUAUAUUUUCGCAGGUGUAGAACGAAAAUUAUAAAAAAUCCAUUGCGAAGUCCACAGCAAUUGUGAAAAGAAAGUAGAUUUGUGAGAGUGUAUAUGUUCAUAAAGCAUGUUUCAUUUAGAAUUUGGUCGCAUAAAGUAGGACAUUUCUCAGCCUAUAAAUUACGUACAAAAAAGGGAAGGAUGUCUAUUUGUAAUAUAUUUCAAAGAAGACUUUAACUUUAUACAGCGAUCAUCUGAAUAGGUCCAGUAGUUCAAAAGUUAUGCAUUUUAUUGAAAAAAGUCAUAUUUGGAAAAAAAGAGGAAAAAAAAUCGGACCACCCUAAAAUGGGUAUCCCAAUGAAAUAAUAAAAAAUACGGAUCAACCAAUUUUUACGAAUAUCUGAGAACCACUAUAUCGGUUUGGCAUGGCAUGGCUAUAUAAUGACAAUAAAAAUGUGUGUACUAAAUUUAAGAUCAAAUAAUCAAAAGGGAUCUUUCAUUUGAUACUCAUGUGCGGGAGUUGCAUGGAAGAAAUAGGGUAAAUGAUUAUGGUUUGUCCGAUUUAGGGUGUUUUCACGCAACCAGUAAAUGCAAAUCGAUUUUUCUUCAUGAAAAUCAUAUAUGAUCAAAAAAAUCAUAGGGGGUCUCCUUAGCCACAUUGGUUGACAUUGACCAUCUUUGUGUUGUUACAGAAUAACUACGUCCACGCAACAAUCAUCAGCGAUGGAGAUCGAUCCACGGUCGAAAUAAGAUCGAUUUAUCCAUACAACUGCUCUGUUCUGCAAAACACAUCGGGCUGCUGAUCUUAUUAAUAACUCAACAAUGAUCAAUCAACUGGCUCUGUUGCCCGGUCUAACUGGAUAAUGGAAGAACAGAAGGAAAACUCGUAUGCCUAAAUGGCUACUGUGUAAA